CCUAUAAAUGACAUCAGCUCGUGUUCAAAAUUACAAUACUUUGUUGACUUACCUGUUGUUAACUGCAGUAAAUAAAUUUCUGUGCAAUACAUAACUUGAAUGAAAAGUGCAAAUUUUCUCAGUCACAUCGUGAGAAGAAAGAAAGUCUCAAUUUUCGAUAUCCACGCCGCAAAACAUAAGUUACCCCCAAAGUCUGUAAAUUACAGAAGUCAUGUCUUACGGCUACUCUAAGGGUAAAAUCACUGAGGAUAUUAACAUGGAGAAUGAAGACGACACAAGCGAAACUGAAGACAAUAGUGAAAAUGAACAAAUAAUUGAGCUGGAAACGUGUGAAAGUGAAGAAAACAGUUUUAAUGCAAAAGAGCAGUGAAAAUGGUGAAAUAAGUGAACUGGAAAAGAGUGAAAGUGAAGAAAAUAAUGAAACUGAAGAAGGCAGCAUGAAUGCAGAAAAUGAUGAAACUGAUGAAGAUAGUGAAAAUGAAGACACCAGUGUCAAUGAAAGCAUAUCAAAUUCAUCAGUUAAGCCGGCUAAGCGUAAAAAUAAAUCGCUUCCGAGAAAUCUUGGAUGUCAGCUUCAUAAAAUUAAAAGCAACGCUUAACAUUGAUGACGAGAUAAUAAAGAUAAUUAAAACUUAUAAUGACAAAGAACUGAAAAAGCGAAAAGAUGACCAGGUCCAAUUUAAAGAACGGCAAAUUCAACCGCAGAAUCUGCCCUCGAACACCUACAAUUUCAAAACCGUCUUCUACGAAAGAGUUGUUCCUUCUUCAGCCCCUUUCUCAAAUUCGUAUGGAUUGAAAACUUCCAAGAGAACCGUUUCUCAAUUAUGCUUCUAUUACCGACUCAAAAAAAAAUUCGGCAACAUAUAUAAACAGUAGCGAGACACAAUCAUACGAAGCAUAUGUCGUAACGACUGCAUUCGCAUACAUACCAAUUCUGCCCUUUGCUGAUUACUCCUUCGUGAAUAAAAUUGCUGCCGUACUUUUCUCCCCGGAUGGAAUGUACUCUGACACAAACAGACCUUUAUGGGGGAGUGAUAUUAAAAAAUCUAGGACCUCAAGAACUAACAAGAUUCCAUCUCGUUUGGAUUAUUCGUUUAUGCUAAACUAUGAAACUACUUUGCGAGAAAAUUCUUCUCUUUUAGAAUUGGCAUGUUUCCCCAAGAGAAGCAAAGUAUCCAUUAAAGCUGGUGCGGCUAGGAUACGCUUCGUGAAGAAGAUAUCCGCUGCGGAUAUUUAUAAAAUACUUGACCACUUUUCAAAAAUUAUGAACGACGAACCAACUUACGAGCACAACGUUACUGGUAUAAAAAAGGAAGAAGCGAAAUAUCCAAAUAUUCACAGAGGUAUUGCAAGUGUUAUUCCAAACGAACAUAUAUCAGAAGGUGAAACUGUCUAUCAAUAUUUAGACAAACAAUUAAUCGCCGCAUAUGAAAAUAUACGAGUAAAUCCGUCACUUAAUAAUGACCUGCAAGAUUUGGAGUUUUAUGAUAAAUGUAUAGAUGACUAUGUAUCUGGAAGUGAGUACCGAUUAAUAAGAGAAGACAUAAAAACUGACGCAGAUCGUAUUGUCCACAAAUGGAAAUAUCCACCAACAUGGCUUGACGUUCAUGAAUGCAUAAUAAAAUUUGCAAAUGAACUUCCAAUAAAUAAUACAGUGCAUCCAAUUAGUUUCGCGACUGCCAUGAAAAAGUUACGCUUUUGGUAUAAAAAGCCUUGCGAUUCAGACUUUACCAAACGUACAAUACUGUCCCUGUUCCAAGGAGGAUUUGUGACGGAGUUAAAUUCGACAACAAAAAUUAGAUGGAGAAUUAGCAAUAUUUGGUGCGAGAUUUUUGACGAUGCUCUAUUAACAAUAGAAAAGGAGUUUGUUGAGAAGAUAAAACGCUACCUAAUCCUACCAGGUAAGCCUGGGUAUUUACCGUUUCACUAUAAAAGGGAUAAGAACGCUAAAUCCAAAAUGCCACGAGCAAGUGGUGAUUCCGCACCACGUAAUAAAAAAUCAAAGACGGUUGACGAUGAUAAUGAAUCAAAGGCUCGAGAAAAAUCCUUAUAUGAAGAAAUUUACAACUAUUCCUACCUACAUAGCCCUGGCUAUUUCGUUGGGGACCAGGUAGAAGAUUAUAAUAUUGAAUUCUUUGAUAUUUUAUACACCAGUGAGAAAUCUGCAUUCUUAUACCACGUUAAAGAGAAAUUUGGACAGAAUACACGAAAUGCUGCUUCACAGCUACGCAUUUCAUUAAGUCUUGUACUAAAUAACAUUAUAAGUGGAUUCCCGGGGUUCCAAAAUUAUGCCCGCCUUGCUGAAAUAAACGGUGACAAUUUCUCCAAAAGAUUUAGGUCUGAAGAUGAUUUAAGAAAAUGUUUAAAUUCAGCAAGUUUUGUGUAUGCCUUUGCCGACUCAAAUAAUUCCAGCGAUUGUAUUAAUUUUGCUGAUGAGCGGAGCAGAAGUUUUCAAAUGCGAUUUGACACAUUGAGGAAAGGCAUUAAUGAAAAAGUUGAGAAUGCUUUGAAAAGGAAUUACGAUACCGAGAUUGACCGCUCGAUAAAACUAUUUCAGGAAAGACUAAUCAGUCGUGGGUAUCUUUUACGUUGCGGAUCAAUUACUGCCAAGUUACUAUAUGAGACAGAAACAAAUUUCGUUAAAGAAUUUGUAGGAAAGAAUCCGAACACAAGCAAAAUACUAUGGACUGGAAUUUUGAAACCGUUUACAAAGAACUAUAACUCGCUUCUUGCUAAAAUUGAGUUGAUUGAAUUGGCAAACUAUAUAACGACAAGAAACAGGAAGUUUAAAAUCUGUCAAAUUCCUUUCGACCACACAAACCAGUCUUCACAAGUUGUCCCAACUGACGGAUCGGUGCACUGUGACGAAAACGAUGCCAUGGAUAUCCAAGAUGCGGAUACAGAAGUGGUCGAAGAGACUGAUGAAUAUGAAAGUAUGGAUAUUGGUACAGAAUGGCCCAGUCAACGGUAUGGAAUUUCAAAUCCUGGUAACACCUGCUAUCGUAAUGCAGCCACACAACUCCUUUUGGAAAUUCCUGAAUUUGUCGCAAUGUUUUCAUCAAACAAUGCUGAUUCUCAAUUAAAAUCUUGGAUUGGGGAUAGAAUUAAUGAGACAAGGUCAUCAAAUUCCUCCAACAUAAGACCAUCAAGUCUGACACAAUCACAAUGCACGCUCAGCCAAAUCUUAGGCACACCAAAUAUGUUUGUAGAAGGCGAGCAGGAUGAUUCGUCUGCAUUCCUUUUGGAAAUAAUAGAUAAAUUAGGAGAUACAUUCAAGCGAUUGUUUGAAUUUGGUGUCGUAAGAACUAACCAAAAUUUUCAAUUAGAAGGAGUAUUAAAUAUUCCAUAUCCGGAUAAAAAAUUGACAAUGAAAAAAUUAUUUAAUAAAUAUUUGAAAGGAUUUGGGAAUCGUGCUGAAUCCAUGAGAAUAUCACUACCCUCCAAUUAUCUUAUUCUUACGUUAUCCAUAUUUAACAAUAACUUAGUAAAGUUCGUAUGCAACAAGAUUACAAACUUUGCAGAUAAUAUUAGUUUUGUGUCAAAUGGCAAAAAAUAUAUUUAUGAAGUCGUUGGUUUAAUCUGUCAUAUUGGGGAAACAAUCAAGGGAGGUCAUUAUGUUUGCUUGAUAAGACGUGACAAUAAAAAGUGGAUAGAAUAUGACGAUAAUAAUGCACCACGUGAACGUAACGUUAUUCCAAGUGGUAAGGAUCCCUACGUUAUUCUCUAUCGAAAGUUGGUUGACGAAUAAGAAUGUAAUCAAUUCAAUUAAAAAUCUGUAUAUACCUAAAUUAUGUUUAUACUACUGAAUUAAAUAUUUUGAAUGCGUCAAAACUAUAAAUAAUAAGAAAUUUGGACACUUAACACCGAUACAGUCGUUACGUUUAAUUAACUUUUUCAAAUUGGGUUCGGCGGUGGAAAGAAAACCUGUAUGACUACUAAACAAUGUGUUGUAAAGGGAUAAAGUAAUUUAUUUAUAUGUAUUAUAUAUGUUUAUCAAAUAGAUGCACAUAUUUAAUAUCUACGUUUCUAACAUAUCUGAUUUGACACAAUCUAUUCCAAUUAUUUAUAUUUUCGGAUUCUGUUAAAUAUAUUUAUGUACAUAGAGUCAAUGUUGACCGUUAAUUAAUUUCCCAUUUAAAAUGUUUCCCUUUUCCUUUAUCAGCUUAGCAACUUUAUUUAAUACAUAAAUAUAAUUACAUUUCAUUGUAUGUAUGCAACAUAUGCAUAUUUAUCUAUUAGCUAACU